UCCGUUUUUCCUGUUUCGUAACUCGUUGCCGGCCCCUCAAUGCGAGGUAGGAUGAGAUAAAUUUAUGAUCCCGCAAGCGAAUCACCCCGCAGCCCCCCGCCUCCCCGCGACUCAAAAACUUCCCCUUCCCCCACCUUUUCCUUUCCAAGAUCGAUCAUCAUACCCUUUGCUUUCUCCAUCUUUCUCUUCUCAUCUCAAUCCCAAACCCUAAAGAACCUCAAAUAGGGCCCGCUUUUCGCUCGAAUUUUGUUUUCCCUCGUCCCAUCCCAUUUACAUCUAUAUAGAUUGAGAUUGUGGUGUUGGGGAAAAGGAAAAAGAAAAGAAAAGAAAGCAGUCGUCGUCAUGCCGUCCGGUGCGAAGAAGAGGAAAGCGGCCAAGCGCAAGAAGGAGAAGCAGGAGAAGGGGAAGGAGAAAGAGGAGGAGAGGGGCAGCAUCCCUCUUCCUUCCCCUCCCCCUCAACCUCAACCUCAAGGCAGUGGACUUGUGGAUUGGAUGCCCCACGACGACGGGAGGCGGAGCGAGAGCGGGGAGUUCGAGACACCGUCGGGGACGCCAUUUGCGACCCCGUUGUCUCAGGCGAACCAUCCGCUAGCCGAGGAGGCAGGGGAGGAAACUCCUGGAUCUCAACGCGUUGCUGUUCAUUCAUCGGUGGAGAGCUCCGGAAAUGGUAACGGAGAGGCCGACGAGCUGCCUUACAGGCCAGAUGAGCUUGCUAACGAUGAUGCGACCGAGCUGGAAGUUGAAACGGUGGCUCCUGCAGAAGAUGAGGUUGCUGCCGCGCCACCAUAUGAUGUAAGCGUCGAGAUUGUUCGGCGGUCUGAGAAGGGAGAGCCUCGCGAAGCUGAGAGUGCAGAAGGGACCGAAAUGGAGAAACCGGCAGAGGAAUCGGUUAUUGCUGUCGAGCAGAGUGUGCUUACAAGGGAAGAGGCGGAACAAGAAAAGGAAGCCCUGGCUGAGAUUCUGAAAGAGGCUCCAGUUGCGAUAUCCCUUCAAUGUGAAUUGAAGGCAGCGCCUCUGCCGGCUAAGGAUGAGAUCAAAGAACAGCUAUCAUCAUAUGAACGGGAAGUUAAGGUUGUGCCUCUGCCAAGUGAGGACGAGGUCAAAGAAGAGGCAUCUUAUGAACGCGAAGUUAAGGUAGUGCCUCUUCCAGAUGAGGAUGAUCAAAAAAAUCGGCCAUCCUAUGAAUGCGAAGUGAAGAUAGUGCCUCAGCCAGAUGAGAAUGAGGUUAAAGAACAGCCAUCCCAUGAACAUGAUGCUGAUGCGAAUGUAGGGCCUCUGCCGGAUAAGGAUGAGGUUAAAGAAAGAAAAGUGGCCGCUCUGCCAGAUGAGCAUAAGGUUAAAGAACAGCCAUCCCAUGAACGUGAAGUGAAGGUAGUGCCUCUGCUGGAUGAGGAUGUAACUGGAACACAGUUUUGUGUGAGCGGGGAAGCCAGCCAAGGUAGCAGAAGAGCGGAAACUGUGCCAUCUGCCGAGGUUGCACCACAUGCCCCAACGGUAAUGCAUCGUGCAAGGUGGUGGAAUUGCUGUGGACUUCUUGAUGUUCUCGUGGGUUCUGAAAGAUAGGCCAGGGUAAAGAAGCCUUGGUUUGCUUCUUUUCUUGAACUGGUAGAUAGUAUAAUGAGCAGAGUCUAUAUUUCAGAUGUACAAGAAACAAGAUGGUCAUUUACUUGGUGGUAGUGAAGGAGGUAAUUUUUCUGAUCAUUGAGCAGUCAUCACUCGUAACUUUCGAAGGAAAGUCAUGAAAUCACAUUAGGAGGGGAUACAUAGAAAUAUAGAUGGUCUUGCCCGGAGAAUAAGUAAAGGAUGUGCAUUUGUGAAUUGUUGAAUAUAGUCUGGUAUCAUGAACACCCAUUGUUUUAAUUUGUGUGCUUAUAUUAAAGCAGAUGUAUAAUUUUGCAUUGUGACUUGAGAUAAGGUGAAUAUAUGAACAUUGGCGUUGAUCAUAAAUGUGUGCAGUAGAAGUGUGAAGAGAAGGGCUUUUUGCUUUUAGCUUUGGAUCUUGGAAACAGGAAAAGGUUUAAGAGAAAAUUCAGGGAAGGUUGUCAUAUGCUUACUAUGGCUAUUUGGCACAGAAUUUGUAUUGCAAGGAAUAAAAUAAUCUUCAAUGUAUCAGCUAGAUUGAUGGGGACAUCCUUUGAGGAUUUAAGUUUUUCAGCUUUUUGUGGUCUUCUUCCAUUCUAUAUGUGAAAACAAAAGAUAUCAAAACCAUUUAAGGAAAUAUGUUUUGUGUAUUUAUUGAGGGCUGCUUGUUGGUUUUGAGGUGUGAUGUAGAUCGACUUGUUUGUCUUCAUUUCAUCCUUUUUGAAAUGAAAUUAAUGGUCUUUGCCCAUCUUUCUUCUUUGAAAAAAGAAAGAAGAAAAAUCUAAAUAUAAGCCACGCCUCUUUCAACAAUUCAAAAGCUUGACUAAUAUAAUGUAAGGUGGAAAAUUCGACAUGCAGACUGCAUAGCUGCAUUAAGAGUGAAGAUAAUUUUAAAAUCAUAUGCACCAAAUUAAGACAACUGUAAGCAUCUUUAGAAAUAAGGUGCUUAGUUGACACCAUGCGGCCAGAUGUAAUUACAAUGGGGGUUCAUUGGAGAAAUUUGUUUAUUUCAUGUAGAUAGCAUAUUCAGUGAGGUCUUGAAAGUUUGGAAAAUGCUAAACAAGCGAUGAAUGAAUUUCCAGUUGAGGAUUGCAAACCUUUCUUUAACUAGCUUAUGCAGUAACAUAUAUAUAAUAAGGUAAAGGCCAACUGGUUGAAAAAUUAUUAUGUUCCCUUUCAAAAGGAUAAAAGCGUGAUACAAUAUUGCACCAGCCAUUUGUGAAUGAAACUUAUGAGCCACAGCAAGAAUUUCUUUGAGAGGGCGAUAAAACAGAAAUUAAAAAGAUCAACAAUAGCAAAUGUGGCAUUAAACUUGAAAGAUCCACCAUAUAGGAAAUUUCUGGUUCAGACAACUGAAAUAAUGGUUUGAAGAGGAUAAAUAAUCAGUAAAUGUUUCAAUUAUUCCUGAUAAAAAAAACAUUUUGAGAAUAUCAUAAGAGGUAAUUCAGUAGGUAUCAGUGAGUAAAUUCACAGUUGAAGAAAAGGUCUUAUAUUCAGGAGUAUGUAUAGGAUUAACGCUAGGAGUUACAUAUAAUUAUCAAGAGACAAGUCAGCUCGAGUUGUAUGACUAUCUAAAACUCAAAUGUAAACUCUUAUAGUGAAUAAGCUUUAUAAACACAUGUUAGAUAAACUUACUGUUGGCAUUUAAGAAAAGGUGCCCUAGUGUUAUAUGUAAAUAUGUAAUUGGUAAGAAGACAAUUGGAUUGAAAAUAAGGUUAAAGAUAUGGAGGUUAAGGGAUUGGCAUAGCUAGAACAUGGUACAGGUAAAGAUUUAAUAGAGAUAAACUAGGAGUUCAGAGGCUUCUGUAUUUGUGAAAGCCAAGAAAUAUUCUAUACAAUCAUUUUUGUUAAACUAAUUCUGUUGGAAUAAUGGAGAAAGUUGAGAUGUCUAAUUACAAUUAGAUGGAUAAGGAAAAAUGGUACUUUUGGGUCUUUUAGACAUGAUGGAAAGUUUAGUAAGAAGGUAACAAGUCCAACAAUUUUGUAUUGAUUAAAAUCUGGGGUAUGAAGAGGCCCUAAGCAUAUUUGGUAUGCAGAGAACAUGGCAAACAUGAAAUUAUUGGGGUCAAUUAUGGAUAAUUGGGUAAACAGGGAAAAUCACAGAAUUACAAACAUUUUGUUACGUGCAUAAGUACAUUAUUUGAGGAUAGAAAACCAAACUAGGUGGUUUGGCCAUGUGCAACAAAGAUCAUACAAGGCUUUUGGAGUGGAAGCGACUCAAAUUUGUCUUGAAGGGUCAAGGGAAGGGAAGGGUAAGGUGAAAGAUAGAAAUGGUUGCAGUGUGGGAAAAUGAUUUAUAGAAGUUGACAGUGAUGGAUGCUAAACUGGUAUUGAGAGAGGAAUACAUAAAUUCGAAAUAGUAGGGAUAGGUUCAUUCAGAUUUAUAGGAAAAUGAUUUGUUUUGUGCUUAUCGGCAAUCAACUCUAUAUGUUUCAUUCAGAUAUGGAAGAUGGGGUUGGCUAGAAUGUUUAGGGCAGUUUGAGUUGUAAAACUUGAUCUUAACUGUUCUCUUUAAGUAGUGGUUUCAACUUUACUGUGUCACUCUUUCUUCAGUUUUUGCUUUAAUAUUGCUUCAUGAAUGCUUGAGAAACAAUUUCUUCCUUUUCAUGUGAUUAAAUGCCUACAUCAUGAAUUAAUGACUGUUUAUUAAAAGUUUAUUUGUCAUGUAACCAGCCCAAUCAUUAGCAUUGUAGACUAAAUGGUUGGGUUAACUGGCUCUCUUCAAAAUUUCAUUUUCUUUUUUUGAGAUUCUUAAAUCCAUCAUAUGCGAUGGUUUUGUGGAUGAAAUGGCUAGCAUGCAAAUGUGUUUGGUCAUUGUUAGGUCUUCUUUUUGUAAGAUUUAGUAAAUAGCAAAAAUAAUUUUUUUAAUAAGACAGUAUUACAUGUGAUCUAAUAUUAGUAUCUUUAUUUAUCUUUUCAUAUUUAUAUACGUUGAAAUUUAGUUUGCAUAGCCACUCAUAACCACUCAUAUUUAUUACAUGUGAUCUAAUAUUAGUAUCUUUAUUUAUCUUUUCAUAUUUUUUUAUACGUUGAAAUUUAGUUUGCAUAGCCACUCAUAACCAUUUAACAAAGAAGCUGAAUAAAUAAAAUAGGUGCCAUUACUGUCUCUUAUGUUCCUUCUACGGCAAAAGAUGGCUUUCGUUCUUAAUGUUUAGGUAAUUGCUCUUUUAACUAGUAGUUGCAGAUGCUAGUAUCUGCAGAUGAAUCUGUGUGGGCCUUAGCACAGUCCCACUGUACACUUACUAGAUCUAUCCUCAAAAAUGCAAUUCAAGACAUCUGCAAAAGUAGUGGGUUUGGUUGGAUAUCCAGUCUCACCACUAAUUUAUCCGUAUGAAUGUUCUUUGCAAUCAAUUCUGCUGAUCUAUUUCUCUCUCCAUUUGUAAGAGACUCUGGGAUUGGUAAUUUGGAUAUAUUCUUCCACAUAUUAUGGUAUUUUCUUGAUUUGACAAGUUCAUUUUGCUCCUUUUCAAUCUAUUGGGCAUGAACCUGCAAGUCAAUCUCUCUUUUGAUACUCCAGCUGAUUGCUCAAGCCUUCAAAGGCACACCCUUCAGCUCCUGGAAGUGGAUAUGCUGUCUAUGAUUAUCUUUGGCAAAUAUGUGUAUCAGUAUCACUUCACUGUUUCUGAUUCACCCUCCACAACCUGCACUAUUAUCACUUAAUUCUUCACUAAUGCUGAUUUUUUUCCUUUAAAAAAAAUGCCAUGCCUUGUUCCAACUGUCCUUGUUCUGCUAUUGGAAUCCUCAUGAUGCGGAACAGGUGAUUUAGGGAAGAAAUAAGAAGGGAAAGGAGGAGAGAGGAGUUCUGGAGUCCACCAGAUAACAAAGCAAGUUUUUUUUUCCAUUAAAAUACUCUACCUAAAAUAGGAGAUAUGGGGGUGCCAUAUAUAGCCCCCUAUGCAACUACCCAUGAUCCCCACAAAUGAUCAUGUAACUACCCAUGAUCCAACAACAUCAUGGGUCACUACACUAGCUAAAUACAGUCAUACAAGCCAGCAACUAAUAAAAGACGAAAAUACAUAAUAGAUAAACGAAAAUACACAAGAAAAUAAAACUAGGGUGGCUGAAGUGCUAUGCACGCCGGCGACGCCUAUAUACAUGCUGGAAACGGUGGUCUGUCCCCACCAACUUCCCUCAGCGGAGAAGAGUUCGCCUCUAGCGAAACGAAUGUCUGGUAAUGCUCUAACAGGUCUGAAGCAAGUUGCUGAAGCUCAUCUCUGCUAAUCCAGGUAUCAUCUGACGGAGGUCGACCAUGCCAUCUGACCAGGUAUCGCUGAUAACCACCGUUCUGCGUAUUAACAAUCUGAUCGUCCAAAAUCUGUUCCACUGUCUGUGAUCUGCGGAGAAAAAGGUACAGGAGGCAAGGCAGGAGCAGGAGAUAUGUUCUCAAAAUUGGAUGUGAGGUCAGUGUCAAGUUCAUUGAGUGGGUCUGCAGGAAUAGUUGUCGGACCUCAGUAGGCAACUAAGUCUUCUACAUUAAAAACUGGAUUAAUCCCAAAAUCACGUGGAAUAUCCACCACAUAUGCAUUAGAUCCAAUCCGUUUCAGAAUUUUGUACGGAUCCAUACUUCAGGCGUGCAAUUUUCUAACGGCUCCUGGUGGAAACCGUUCAGGUCUGAUUCUGAUCAUUACAUCAUCACCCACUCGAAAUUCUUGAUAACGUCGACGUAAAUCAACAGCCAUUUUAUAUCUCGCAUUAUUGAUUUCAAUUUUCUUAUUAAUCUCUUUAUGUAAAUUUUGCAUGUGUUGCGCAAAGGAUUCAGCGGUCUCAGAGAUUCUAUUGUUAGGUGCUACUGGGAUAAGAUCAACAGGUUUUCGUGGUACAUAGCCUAAGACAAUUUCAAAAGUACUCAAGCCAGAGGUCCUGUUUACAGAGCUAUUUGUAGGCGAAUUCAGCUGUGGAUAGGAGAAGAUCUCAAUUACCUGGGUGGUCACCCACUAAACAUCGUAGAAGGUUUCCUAGGCUGCGGUUGACCACCUCAGUUUGCCCAUCUGUCUGAGGGUGAUAGGCUGUGGAAUAUUUAAGCUUAGUACCCAUAAAGUUCCAGAGGGUCUUCCAAAAAUAACUAACAAAUUUGACAUCUCCAUCAGUCACUAUCGAUUUUGGAAGCCCGUGGAGCCUAACGACCUCAUCGAAGAUGAUCCUCGCAACUUUGGAGGCAUUAGAAGUCUUAGAAGUGGGUAGAAAAUGUGCCAUCUUAGAGAACCGAUCCACUACCACGAGAAUGGAAUCAUGCUUACUUCUAGUCUUUGGCAAUCCUAGCACGAAAUCCAUACUAAUAUCCUGCCAAGGACGAUCUGGGACAGGAAGGGGGGUAUAUAAGCCAGUGUUUUGUUUGCGCUGUUUGGAUAGAUGACAAGUACGACACUGACUAACAAUUUUUGCAACAUCCUGUUUUAAACUAGGCCAAUAAAAUCUUUGUUCGACCAUAUCAAUGGUCUUAUUUCUACCAAAAUGGCCAGCUAUUCCUCCCGCAUGAAGU